UUUCAUUUACUUCUCUUUCAGAGCUAGCUCUGUUGCAAAUAAGUUACAUGACAUUGUAUUUGUAUUGUUGAGGCAGCACUUACAAUGCGUAGAAAGCUGAAGCGGGUAUCGCCAGCAGGCUACAGCGGCUGCUAUUAUUUACUCACUGAUUGGCGAGAUGCAGACGAAGCCGGCUUCGAUCUGCUGCUGACCGAUGGAAGACAAGCAUGGAAAUGCCAAGUGAGCCGUGACAAUCUGCAUCAGAUGGCAUGUGACGUGGACCGUGAUCUGUUUGACUAUUGUGCCGAGACUCGACAAGCCCUGGCGUCAUCACCAACGGACGAUAGCGACGACUUCGACUUUGAAAUCAAACCGUCCGGCCAUCGAGUUCAGUUAACGUGGAAGAAGAGCAUUGCAGGCGAUGAUGUCAAGUUCAAGUUGGGAAGCCUGCUGCUUGUCGCAUGUCCUGAUUCCGGCGAUGUAGUGUGUCGAAUGUUGGACUUUGAAGUCGACCAGACUUCUCACCUACACGGCACCAUCAAUGACUUGGAGAAUGAGAAUGACCGUCUAAAGCAGCAAGCUGAAGACGUACUGCAGAGAUUGGAGAAGUGUGUUAAUGAGAAGGAUUCGUUGGAACAGGACUUGUUCGGAAAGUUCAAAAUUCUGAUCAACAGCAAGAAGAGUCGAAUACGUCAGCUGAAGCAACAAGUGGAUGAUGCACGCGAGGAAGCUUCACAGGCCUCUGCUCUGGCUGCAAAGCAUGCAGAAGCAGCAGCAGCAGCAUCAAGUGCCAGCGGUGCUGGUGGUGACGAAGUAGAUGGGGAGACUGCACUAAUGAGAGAAGACUCUGCGAGUAGCUCAUCUUGGGGUUCAAGUGCCAGCCGCAGCUUGCCACGUAAGCACUCAGUCGUUGCCAGCACACAGCUCCUGGAGGAUGAAGAAGAAGACUUGACAACGAAGCCGCCAGCUAAACGUCGACGACGGCGCGAAUCUGGUACAGCGACUCGCCAGGCGAACAUUCCUCUUCCACCGUCCAUGUCCACACAACCCACGAGUAGACCAGGGUCAUCGUUACGCAGCAGGAGGACAAUGGCCACUAUUGACGCUGAAGCUGUUGAUGCCGCUGGUGGAGAUGAUGGAAACCAGCUAGAUGAAAUCCUCAAUGACAUGUAGACCAAAGUUACUAUGGCGACAUGUAGACCAACGUUGCCAUGGUCACAUGCUGACCAAUAAACAAUUACAAAACAUGACAGUGGCCCUGGGCCUGGGCUACUCAAGUCUGUUUGGUAUCUUUUCUCACGUUCGCCAUUUUUAUCUGAAGGUGCAGAAUAUUCUUUCAUACGCGCACACAUGCACACAUGCACACACACACACACACACACACACACACACACACACACACACACACACACACACACACACACACACACACACACACACACACACACACACACACACACACACACACACACACACACUACUACUAUUACUACUAUUGACAGCUGCCAGAAAUUGGCCACGCCGCUCCCAAAUGGGAGGUACUGUCAGAGAGGUUAGAGGGGAGGAAGGCAAUGCUCCAAGUGGCGAUCCAGAUCUUGCCGCCUCCGGAACCGUCGGUUGUGGCAAACUUACACACAUACACACACACACACACACACACACACACGCGCGCGCGCGCGCCAGGACUACCAUGCACACUGUGUUGGGUGCCGAUGUGUCCGCAAGCCCCCCCCCCCCCCCCCCCCCCCCCCAAACGAAUAACCCGCAUUGGAGGUCCUUAUAAUUAUGCAUACUGUAUCAACUCGGCAGUUAUUAGAUUGAAAAGCCCAUGAAACACACACACACCACUCUCAUGUUGUUUCAGUAACAAUGUUUUACUCUUGUUUGUAUAGUUGUGUUGUGGAUAGUUGUCGCAGGUCGACCACCGUUAGUUAUGGUGUAGUUUUUUUCUAGCCGUUUUCGCUUUGUGUUUGGAAGUGCAAAUAUUUUGGAAUGCGUUUUAAAAGUCAAGUCUGUGUUGGCUGUACAUCUGAGCUGCAUGUCUCUCCUCUGUUAUGCUGGUGAUGUUAUUCGUUUGCACCUUUUCCAUCCGCUGCCUCA